AUGAGCCGGCUGAAGAAGGAAAUUGCCCAGGCGGGCCUGGAUGACCCCAAGAAGAUCGCCGAGAACGAGUACUGGCUGGCGCGUUAUGGCCACAAGCGUUGGUUCCCCAAGUACGUGGACCAGUCCGGCGCCAAGGGCCAGGGCGGCCUCUUCCGCGGGCUGGCGGCCUGGUCGGGCUUUGACCCCCUGAACGAGGAGCGUGGCAAGACCUGGAUUGAGGCGGACUAUGGCAAGCCUCUCAUGAAGGACAAGGCACUGGCGUGA